AUGGCAGGAUGCCGCUGCCGUGGUUGUACUUUCCCUUCUGUCACUCCUCGCCACACUUCUGCUUCAGCUGCAUUUUCUUUGAAGAGGAGCAGAGCCCGCAGGGCCGCGCGGGGCAUGGCCCAGAGUGUGGUCUAUGCCGACCUGAAGUUCGCGGCACGGCCGCCGUCCACCGCGCCCGACGACGAUGACAGUCCCUACGAGAACGUGUCACCGCUGGGGCUAGUGACAGCAGAGCCCAGCCCAGGGCGCUGGAGCCGGCCGUGGCGCGUCCCCACAGCGCUGCUGGUAGCCAGCCUGUUCCUGUUGCUGCUGCUGCUGGUGGCCGUGGUGGCCCUGGGCGUUUGCCACUGGCAGGUCACCCGCAGCCUGCAGGACUCCUCCCGUGAGCACAAGGCCGAGCAGGGCCGCCUGUCGCAGGAGCUGAGGGCGCAGGAGCAGAGCCUGGAGCAGACCCAGCUGGAGCUGGCGUGGGCCAGAGAGGAGCUGCAGCGCGCGUGGCACGAGGGCAACAUCAGCCAGCUGGAGCUGGACAGGCUGAGCCUGGAGCUGCGCCGCGUCACGGGGGUGCUGGGCAGGACAGAGAGGGAGAUGCAGGAGGUGCAGGGGAGGCUCAACAGCAGCGAGAGGGCCGUGAGCAGCCUGCGUGCCUGCGUGAACACAGAUUGCUGCCCCUGGGGCUGGGUACUCUUCAAGAGCAAGUGCCUCUACAUCUCGGUGACAAACAAGACCUGGGAGCAGAGCAGGGACGACUGUGAAGGGAGAUCUGCUCAGCUGCUGGUCCAGGAUGAGUGGUCACCACUGACAGUGCCGUAUUUUGUGCAUGCAUCUAAGGCGUACUACUGGAUUGGAGGAAAACCUCCUUAUGUGGCAAGGAGACCUAUGUGGACAGAGAGCAAACAUCCCUCGAAACGCCAUUCUCCAGACUGCUGGUCACUAGUCCUCGGGGAAAUGUGGAAUCAGCCAUGUAACAAACCCUACCCGUGGAUCUGCGAGAAAUCCCCAAAUCUGAGCCGUGUACCUGAGCUUCGUCCUCUUUUUCUGGCCGAGGACUGA